AUGUCGAACCAGACCAUCGAGAGCCAAUUUAAGUUCCUGAUCUCGUGUAUCCGGAACACGACAUCUCCUGGAAAGAUCGACUUUCAGGGCGUUGCCGAUGAGCUCGGUAUUGUCUCGAAGGGCGCCGCAGCCAAGCGCUACGAGCGACUCAUGAAAGCUCACGGCAUCACCAACUCCACCCCCGGAGGCAACGGCGGUCGCUCCACUCCAGCCUCGGCUCCGAGCACCCCUGGUCCCGGCUCGGCCCGCAAGAAGCGCAAGACCGGCGCGACUACGGCCGUUGUCGCGGCCGACGACGAGAUCACCGCUCCCAAGGAUGACGAAGAAGACCUCAAGGUCGAGAAGGGCGUCAAGGCUGAGGCCAAAUCUGCUGGUGCUCGGCUGAACGGUGCGUCCAUGUCCUCGCUUGCGACUAUUCCAGACUAUAGACCCUACCUUGCUCUUUCGGCGGCGGCGGGGGCGGCCUUGGCACCGGGAGAAUCGCCUGCCGUUCCCACGCCUACUUCGGCGCCCAAAGAAGGUAGCAGCGGCCAGUCCGCCGGUAACGACGCGGAUGAUGACGUCCUGCUCGUUUACGAGACACAAAAGAGACCCGUCGAGAAUGCCACCGCCGCAUCCUGCCCCGGCCAGGCCGUCUCGUCGGCCGCCCAGCAACCGACCCCGCCGCCGCAGCCGAUGCUGCAGCACUCAUGCGAGCACCAUACUAACUACGGUUUCCCCAUGUCGCAGCCCCCGCUUACUCUGAGGACGACUACGCCAUCUGAGCCCUUCGCGGGCUACGCGCUUCCACCCAUGGUCGACUGGUAUAACUCUGCACAGCCGUCCGUCUACCCGUUCUAUCACGUCGUCCCCAAGACGGAGAACCAGUGGAAGUCGUCUUGA